ACCGAAGUGGUUUUAUUCCGUUUCAACCGUCAAUAUUAACCUACUACGACCUCAGGAGAAACACUUGGACCGGUUUCUCCACAUUGCCGCUCUGUUAUGGCGUCAACAGAACUAACCCGACGCUUCUAGUGAGUCAAGACAAUCUGAAACCAAGUGCUGAAGCAACUUCUUACUUGGUUGGAUCUGUCUGGGUUCGAGAAGAACCGCCUGGACAACACUCAUCAUGAUGAAAAGCAGAGGUUCUGUCGGGGUGACACCCAGUGAUGAGAUGAAGGAGUCUUUAUCAGGACAGUGUACAGCAGCAAGCGCACCACAGGGAGCUGAAGUUUGCAAAAUCCACCGGCAGUUUUCUGGAGCUCUGCAGCUUCCGCCGUUGUCCUGGCGGCAACCCGACAAGGCCAGCCCUUACUCUCCAGAUGAAGACCAGGGGGCGCGGUCCAGACCCACCAGCCUGCCCAUCGGUCCCUUGCCUCGAAUAGACAUCACACACGCUCUCAGCGUUGAAGUGGAGAAAGGCCCAUCCUCCUGCUGCAGCCCGCUGGACUCCAUCGUGUCCCCGGGAUCGGGCCUGGCUCUGCAUCCCAACAUGUCGUUGCACGGGCAGCGCAGGGAGUCCUUCCUGUACAGGUCCGACAGUGACUACGAGCUCUCGCCGAGGUCCCUGUCGCGAAACUCCUCCAUCGUCGGAGAUGCACAUGUAGAGGAUUUGAUCGUGACCCCAUUUGCCCAGGUCCUUGCAAGUCUCAGGACAGUUCGGAAUAACUUCACAACUUUGACCAAUGUACAGUGUGUUUCCAAGAGGUCUCCAGUCACUAAUCAGCCUGCUGUCGCCAAAGUCUGUCUGUCUGAUGAGUCCUACCAAAAGCUGGCAAUGGAAACCAUGGAAGAGCUGGACUGGUGUUUGGACCAGUUGGAGACCAUCCAGACCUACCGCUCUGUCAGCGACAUGGCCUCCAACAAGUUCAAAAGGAUGCUGAACCGAGAGCUGAACCACCUGUCCGAGAUGAGUCGAUCCGGAAACCAAGUGUCAGAAUACAUCUCCAACACCUUCCUAGACAAGCAGAAUGAACUGGAGCUCCCCUGUCCCAUCCCCAAGUCGCGGGAGAGGAAGAGGAAGCAGACCCAGCAGCAGCAGCAGGGCGCCAUGAUGACGCAGAUCGGCGGCGUGAGGAAGGUCAUCCACUCGCCCAUCGUGUCCGGCGGCUUUUGCAAUCGCUUCGGGGUGAAGACCGACCAGGAGGAGCUGCUGUCGAAGGACCUGGAAGACAUCAACAAGUGGGGCCUGAAUAUCUUCAAAGUGGCGGAGCAUUCUCACAACCGGCCCCUCACGUGCGUCAUGUAUACCAUAUUCCAGGAGCGAGACUUGUUGAGGACCUUCAAGAUUCCGACCGACACCUUCGUGACCUUCAUGCUGACCCUGGAGGGCCACUACCACUCCGACGUGGCCUACCACAACAGCCUGCACGCCGCCGACGUCGCCCAGUCCACCCACAUCCUCCUGUCCACGCCGGCUCUGGAGGCGGUGUUCACUGACCUGGAGGUGCUGGCGGCCAUCUUUGCUGCAGCCAUUCAUGACGUGGAUCAUCCAGGAGUGUCCAACCAGUUCCUCAUCAACACCAACUCCGAGCUGGCCCUGAUGUACAACGAUGAGUCGGUGCUGGAGAACCACCACCUGGCCGUCGGCUUCAAGCUGCUGCAGGAGGAGAACUGCGACAUCUUCCAAAACCUCAACAAGAAGCAGCGGCAGACGCUGAGGAGGAUGGUGAUCGACAUGGUGCUGGCCACUGACAUGUCCAAACACAUGAGUCUCCUCGCCGACCUGAAGACCAUGGUGGAGACCAAGAAAGUCACCAGCUCCGGAGUUCUGAUGCUGGACAAUUACACCGACAGGAUGCAGGUUCUGAGGAACAUGGUUCACUGCGCCGACCUGAGCAACCCCACCAAGCCUCUGGACCUGUACCGGCAGUGGACCGACAGGAUCAUGGACGAGUUCUUCCACCAGGGCGACCGAGAGCGGGAGAAGGGGAUGGAGAUCAGCCCCAUGUGCGACAAACACACGGCGUCGGUGGAGCGAACUCAGGUGGGCUUCAUCGACUACAUCGUGCACCCGCUGUGGGAGACGUGGGCCGACCUGGUGCACCCGGACGCCCAGGACAUCCUGGAUAUGCUGGAAGACAACAGGAACUGGUACCAGAGCAUGAUCCCUCAAAGCCCCUCCCCCCCGUUCUACAGCGGGGACGGGGAGGGGAGCGCGGCGGAGGAAGGGGACGCCAGCCCGGCCGGCAGCAAGUUCCACUUCGAUCUGACUCUGGAGGAGCAGAGCAGCGUGAUGGAGAUGACCGAGGAGGGCGACGUCACGCUUCAAGACCCGGCGGGUCAGGAUGGGAGCGACCCCACGGCGCCUGCGGAAACAUAGCCCAGCCCAGCCGCUAGUGCUGAAUUCUUUUCAUUGCAGUGGAGAAAUCCUGCAAGCUGGUUCCGUGGAGCCACUGAGAGGCCCGAUUGAAGAUGGGGCAGCCCACUGAAGAGGCUCGCGUCCCAUUGGCUGCUUGUUUUUCAGCCCACGACGGGAGAAACAAAGAGGGACUGCUGCACUGGACGUUUCAUAGUUCUCACUCACGACCAAGGUGACACUAAAUCCAGACUUGCACUUCGGGACCUUUUUUUUUUCAAGUUCAUCUGGGAUUUCGGUGACUUUGGUUUCCCCGACGCGUCUAAGUGUGCCUUUUUUCACGCCCGCGUCCUUUUGUACGUCUCUUUUUUUAUAAUUUAUUGAGGACAUACGUCUACGUAGCUGAAAAAUGUCUAACAUUUUCUACCAAUAAGACGUUCGAGUCUCAGUCUUCCAGAUGUUCCUGGCAAUAGCUCGAUAAAUCGGUUGACUUCCCAGCACGGUUUGCACUUCAUCACCUGGUGAGCAUGAAGAACCUUUCUAAUCCAAAAGUUGUUCCAAUCCAAAGAUCCUGUCACGCAAGCACUUUUGAAGUCAAGCAAACCUGACGUGACAGAAUUCUGCUUCUAGUUCGGCUCUACGUUGCGUCAUCCCGGUGAUUUUCCCCCCCGAGCGCAACACCGCGGGCGACUGUAGACGUUAAAACUUCACGUAAUAAUUGUUUUUGCCGCACUUUGUCGACACGUCUGCUGCUGGUUGCGGAUGUGUCCAACACUACCUUAAAGGUACCAUGAGGAACGGUGCAACAUUCUGAACAAGUCGACAUUGUGUCGUGACAUAAGCGUCGUCUCCUGUGUGCGUGUGCGUGUUUGCGUGAGUGUGCGAGUUGCACAAUCUUGUUGCACCCAGCCGUGUCGUGCUGACCCUCCAGCUGUUUGUAACAGUAUAUUUAUUACCUUGUACAUGAUGCUAUGGAUUAUAUUCUCUGUAUAUUUGUUGUUAUUUAUAAGCACUAGCACAACCGUCAGUUUGACUGAACUUGUCUGGUGGGUUUAUCGUAUUCAACUAUUUUGAUAUAACAACAUGAAGUUAUGCAGAAGCCGUUUGAAAUGUUUGUACAACCCCUGUUUGGGUGAAGCUUUUCUCUACGAAGGACUCCUCCAACCGCGCGUCGUGUACGGUGACUGGUCAUUGUACAGCCACGGUGUGACGCGCUGAAACGGAACAUUCUCGCAGAUGUAUUUUUUUCAGUGUUUUCCCGGAGAUGUAUGGUAAAAUGGUAUUUGUUGUGACUCACAAAUGUUUUUUUAUGAUGAUAUUAAAAUGGGCA